AUGGCUCAAUUUAAGGCAUGCAUCGUCGGUCUGGCAUUGAUCGGUCUCUGCGUGGCUGAUACAGUCAAGACCACUAACACCAAGACCGCUAACAAACGUAGCGCCGAUUUGGCGUACGGUCUCCCGUCUGCGUACUCCGGCUUAUCUUCCAGCUACGGAUCUGGCUACGGUUCCGGUUACGGUUUGUCUUCCGGAUACGGUUCUGGUUAUGGUCUGUCUUCCGGAUAUGGUUCUGGUUACGGUUUGUCUUCCGGCUACGGUUCGGGUUACGCAUCCCAUGCAGUACCAGUCAAAGUGAGCCAGUCCGACCAGGUGGUCCCCGUGUCCGUGCCACAACCGUACGCCGUGCCAGUCACCCGUCACGUGCCAGUGUCCGUCCCACACCCCGUGCCAGUGUCCGUGCCAAGAGCCGUCCCAGUCAGCGUGCCACACCCAGUCCCGGUCACCGUCGACCGUCCAUACCCCGUUGAUGUACCACGCAGCGUGCCAGUCAGUGUACCACACCCCGUCCCAUACACAGUCAGCCGCCCAGUGCCAUACUCUGUCCCACAACCGUACCCAGUCGAAAUCCAACAACACGUGCCAGUCUCCAUCCCAACUCCCGUCAUCGCACCAUCUUACUCCGGAUACUCUGGAGCUUCAUCAUACGGAUCUCUGGGAUACUCUGGCGCUUCAUCAUACGGAUCUCUAGGAGGAUACUCUGGCGCUUCAUCAUACGGAUCUCUGGGAUACUCCGCUCCGUCAUACGGAUCUUCAUACGGAUACUCCGCACCGUCAUACGGAUCUUCAUACGGAUACUCCGCUCCGUCCUACGGAUCUUCCUUCGGAUCUUCGUACGGAUCUCACGGACUCUCGUCCCUGUCUUCUUACGGUGGAUCUUCGCUGUCCGGUUUGUCUUACGGACACGGUCACUCCGACGAAUACAAGAAAUAA